AUGAGCGGAGUUAUAUUUUCAAAGGAAUUUUUAGAGAGAUCCCUGAAACAGAUGCUAACCUCGAGAAUCUGCAGGACAGUUGUUGAGGCACUAAGUGAAGAGGAGAAACUAAAAGCUUUUGCUCCCGUUCAGGAAAUGAUGACUUUUGUGCAGUCUGCUAAUGAUGAAUGUGAUUAUGGCAUGGGGCUUGAGUUGGGAACGGACCUCUUUUGCUGUGGUUCACACUACUUUGGGAAUACAGAGAAUAAGUUGAUGGAAACAUUUAGUAAAGACUUUUUGAAAAACCAGCUGUUAUGGUUGCAAGUACACUGUACAGAAAUAAGAGUGGUAGCAGGGAAAACUCCUGGGAAGCUAUUGUGGCGCCCGGGGCAGUGGGGGCAGCAAGGGGAGAUGAUGAACGUUGGCAGCAAUAUGGUUUUAAGGGAGGUGAUUCACAUCUCUUUGAUCAAUGGGAGACCAAGUGCUGAUGACCCUUCUCCUGAACUGCUAGAAUUUACCUCUGCUCGCUAUAUUCGUUUGAGAUUUCAGAGGAUCCGGACCUUGAAUGCUGAUUUGAUGAUGUUUGCUCACAAAGACCCAAGAGAAAUAGACCCGAUUGUCACCCGAAGAUAUUACUACUCGGUCAAGGAUAUUUCGGUCGGAGGGAUGUGCAUCUGCUAUGGUCAUGCCAGGGCUUGUCCACUUGAUCCGGUGACAAAUAAAUCCCGCUGUGAGUGUGAGCAUAAUACAUGUGGUGAUAGCUGUGAUCAGUGCUGUCCGGGAUUCCAUCAGAAACCUUGGAGAGCUGGGACUUUUUUGACUAAAACAGAAUGUGAAGCAUGCAAUUGUCAUGGGAAAGCUGAAGAAUGCUACUAUGAUGAAAAUGUUGCCAGAAGAAAUCUGAGUUUAAAUAUCCAUGGAAAGUACAUUGGAGGGGGUGUGUGCAUUAACUGCACCCAAAACACAGCUGGUAUAAACUGUGAGACAUGCAUUGAUGGUUUCUUCAGACCCAAAGGGGUAUCUCCAAAUUAUCCAAGACCAUGCCAGCCAUGCCGUUGUGAUCCAGUUGGUUCCUUAAAUGAAGUCUGUGUGAAGGAUGAAAAACAUGCUCGACGAGGUCUGGCACCUGGGUCCUGUCAUUGCAGACCUGGCUUCAGAGGCGUGAGCUGUGACCGCUGUGCCCGGGGCUACGCUGGCUACCCACACUGCAAGCCGUGCAACUGCAGUGGUGCAGGGAGCACAAAUGAGGACCCUUGUUUUGGACCCUGCAACUGCAAGGAGAAUGUUGAAGGUGGGGACUGCAGUCGCUGUAAAGCCGGCUUCUUCAAUUUGCAAGAGGAUAAUCAUAAAGGUUGUGACGAGUGUUUCUGUUCCGGGGUUUCAGACAGAUGUCAGAGCUCCUACUGGACCUAUGGCCAUAUACAAGACAUGCGUGGCUGGUACCUGACGGACAUCUCUGGCCAUGUUCAAGUGGCUCCCCAGCAGGAUGACUUAGACCCACCCCAGCAGAUCAGCAUCAGCAGUGAGGAAUCCCACCGUGCCUUGCCAGAGGGCUACUACUGGAGUGCACCAGCUCCCUAUUUGGGAAACAAACUUACAGCAGCUGGAGGACAAUUGACAUUUACCAUAUCAUAUGACUUCGAAGAAGAAGAAGAAGAUACAGAACAUGUACUCCAGAUUAUGGUUAUCUUAGAGGGAAAUGACCUGAGAAUCAGCACAGCCCAAGAUGAGGUGUAUCUGCAACCGUAUGAAGAACAUAUUCAUGUACUGUCACUUAAAGAAGAAUUGUUUACCAUACAUGGCACAAAUUUCCCUGUCAGUAGAAGAGAGUUGAUGACAGUGCUUGCGAAUUUGAAGAGAGUCCUCUUACAAAUCACGUACAGCCUUGGGAUGGAUGCCAUCUUCAGGUUAGGCUCUGUUGGCCUUGAAUCCGCGGUCCCCUAUCCUACUGACAGAAGCCUUGCAGCAGCUGUGGAGGUUUGUCAAUGUCCUCCUGGGUACACUGGCGCUUCUUGUGAAUCUUGUUGGCCUCAGCACAGACGAAUUAAUGGCACUAUUUUUGGUGGCAUCUGUGAACCAUGUCAAUGCUUUGGUCAUGCAGAAUCCUGUGAUGACAUCACCGGAGAAUGCCUGAACUGUAAGAAUCACACAGGUGGCCCAUACUGCAAUAAAUGUCUUCCUCGUUACUAUGGUGAUCCUAGUAAAGGAACCUCUGAAGACUGUCAGCCCUGUGCCUGUCCACUCAAUAUCCCAUCCAAUAACUUUAGCCCGACGUGCCAUUUAGACCGAAGUCUCGGACUGAUCUGUGAUGCAUGCUCUGUCGGGUACAGAGGACCACGCUGUGAGAGGUGUGCAGAAGGCUAUUUUGGACAACCUUCUGUACCUGGAGGAUCAUGUCAGCCAUGCCAAUGCAGUGACAACCUUGACUUCUCCAUCCCUGGCAGCUGUGACAGCUUGUCUGGCUCCUGUCUGAUAUGUAAGCCAGGUACAACAGGCCGCUUCUGUGAGCUCUGUGCUGAUGGAUAUUUUGGAGACGCAGUUGAUGCAAAGAACUGUCAGCCUUGUCACUGUAAUGUCAACAGCUCCUUCUCUGAGAGUUGCCAUGCCAGGACGGGACAGUGCGAGUGCAAACCUAACGUGCAGGGACGGCGGUGUGAUGAGUGUAAGCCUGAAACCUUUGGCCUACAAUCAGGAAGGGGGUGUGUUCCCUGCAAUUGCAAUUCCUUUGGGUCUAAAUCAUUCGACUGUGAAGAGAGUGGUCAGUGUUGGUGCCAGCCUGGAGUGACAGGAAAGAAAUGUGACCGCUGUGCCCAUGGCUAUUUCAACUUCCAAGAAGGAGGCUGCACAGUUAAUACAGUUCAACGUUCCCUUUUCCUAUUGCAAAAUUGGUACAAGGAUCAGAGAAGUGAAUACCAUUUUCAGACAUGCAUGCCAGGAUUUUAUCGACUGCGGUCUGAGCCGGGUAGCCACACUCCUAGACCAACUCUGGGCACCUGUGUUCCAUGUCAGUGUAAUGGACACAGCAGCCUGUGUGACCCUGAAACCUCCAAGUGCCAGAAUUGUCAACAUCACACUGCUGGUGACUUCUGUGAACGAUGUGCUCCUGGAUAUUAUGGAAUUGUCAGGGGAUUGCCAGAUGACUGUCAGCAGUGUGCUUGCCCUCUAAUUUCUUCCAGCAACAAUUUUAGCCCUUCUUGUGUCAUGGAAGGCCUGGAAGAUUACCUCUGCACCGCCUGCCCCAGGGGAUAUGAAGGCCAAUACUGUGAACGGUAUGCAGUCAUGAAACCUAGAGAUCCUACAAUAAAGGAUCACAAUAGGACCACUUUCUCAAAAGACAGUUGUUUAUUUCCGUCUUAUAUUUAG